UGUGUGUGUGGAAGACAACUGACUCAGUCAAACCUUGGCUGAAACCCUUGAAUGUCGGGCGAGCCACAACCAGUCUAGACGACAUGCUCAUUAAGGAAUUCCGAAUCGUCCUUCCCAUUUCCGUUGAAGAGUAUCAGGUGGGCCAGUUGUAUUCUGUUGCUGAGGCCAGCAAAAAUGAGACGGGAGGUGGAGAAGGUGUGGAGGUGCUGAAGAACGAGCCUUAUGAGAAGGAUGGAGAGAAAGGCCAGUACACACACAAGAUCUAUCAUUUGCAGAGUAAAGUGCCAGGAUUCGUAAGGGUUCUGGCACCAGCAGGAGCCUUGAGUGUCCACGAAAAGGCUUGGAAUGCUUACCCCUACUGCCGCACGGUACUCACGAAUGAGUACAUGAAAGACAAUUUUAUGGUCAUGAUUGAGACGUGGCACAAGCCUGACCUCGGCGACCAGGAGAAUGUGCAUGGACUGGACCCUGAGCAGUGGAAGAAGGUGGAGGUUGUACACAUUGACAUUGCUGACAGGUCACAGAUAGAUGCUAAGGACUACAAACAAGAUGAGGAUCCAGCUAUUUUUAAGUCAGAGAAGACUGGGAGAGGGCCCCUGGGUCCUGGUUGGAAGAAAGAACUUCCCAAGAAGACAGACUGCCCUCACAUGUGUGCCUAUAAACUGGUAACUGUCAAAUUCAAGUGGUUUGGCUUGCAGUCCAAGGUGGAGAACUUCAUCCACAAGCAAGAGAAGCGGUUAUUCACCAAUUUCCACAGACAACUCUUCUGCUGGAUCGACAGAUGGAUCGGACUGACAAUGGACGACAUUCGACGAAUGGAGGAGGAGACACAAAUGGAGCUCGAUAACAUGCGGGAGAAGGAUCCAGUGAAGGGGAUGUCAGCCAAUGAUGACUGAGUCUCUGCAGCUGUGACUAUGUGGCAUCAAACACCAGCAUUUUGGCCUUACCCAAGUUCCACUGGAGAGGGUCUCUGGAGUAGGCUCCGUCUCUGUCUCUCUCUCUCUCUCUCUGUCCUACUCACCCCCUUGCUCAUGCUCCAGGCACACCCCUUGCUCACAUAGAAGAGUUCUAACACAACUCCUGCAAAACAGUAUCCAUGGUG